GUACUUUAACAGUGUGACACAGCGGAAGUAUCAUAAGAGUGGCUCUUUUGAAUGAGUUGAUUUACCCGGGGAGGUGAUUCUUUUUUUAUUUUCUUCACGUGUGUUUGAACAACAAUGUCUUCAGCUGAAUCACUGAGAGAGUUUAUCAUCGAGCGGCUGACUGCUGCUGCUGAAGACAUAUUUGUAGUUUGUCAGAGAACCGUCGUCCUGUACGAGGAAGAGAUCGACCGUCAGCGCAGACUGCUGGAUGUCGUGUGGAAACCUCACAUACAAUUACACAGACUCGAGAUCCCACAGCAACAUGUCUGUAAAGAGGAGGAGGAGGAGGGUCUCUCUGACCAGCAGCUCUGUAACCAGGAGACAAGCACCAGUCUGGACCAAGAGGACCCAGAGCCUACACAGGUUAAAGAGGAACAUGAGGACCUCUGCACCAGGGAGGACAGAGAGCAGCUUGAACUGGGGCAGGCGACUAAAGCCUUGGAGCUCACCCUAACUUUUGAGGAGAGUGACAACUCUGAACCAGAACUGAGGAAUGAAGACCAGCUCCUUUCUCCAGACCCUCAUGUUGCUGAUAACCAAGACCCAAAGACAGGCGAGCAUGGAGACUCAGAAUCAACUAGAAAAUCAAAACCAAAAAAAGAGAGAAAAGUUCACAAAAGAAGAAGUCAGAACACAAAACUGUCAGAGACUCACUGUGACCCUCAACAAGGUGAAAAGUCUUUCAAAUGUGACAUAUGUGGGGAAGCUUUUAGGUACAUGUCAGAGUUACAUUCACACAAGAAAGUCCACAAAGAAGGAUCUGGAUUAAGCAAGACAUUAAAAGAUCACAGGAAAACUCACACUGGGAAGAAAUCUCACUCCUGCAGAACCUGUGAGAAAAGAUUCCCUCGGGCAUCUGAGUUAAAAAGACACAAAAUAAUCCAUUUAGAGGAAAAACCCUUUACCUGCAAAACAUGUGACAAAUCCUUCCAACACAGAUAUUCCAUGUGUAUUCACAUGAGAACACACACGGGUGAGAGGCUAUACUCUUGUGACGCAUGUGGAAAAUGCUUUAAAUUCAGCAAUUCAUUUAAAGACCACAUGGAAACACACACAAGUGAGAGGCCUAACAGGUUCCCUUUGGUAAACAAUUCUCUCUCAUGUCAUACUUGACUAGACACACCAAAACUCAUUCAGGAGGAAAACUGCAGCAAAUCUUUCAGGGCGGGAAAAUGUGGGAAAACCUUCAGAUCUAGCGUUACGUUGAAAGUCCACAGGAGUAAAAAACACACAGGUGAGAAGCCUUACACCUGUGGGAAAAGGUUCAGUCAGAAUGGACACUUGAGGAGGCACAUUAAGAGUUAUACGGGGAAAAGCUGUUUACCUGCACAACAAGCAGCAAAGCUUUCAGACUUAAAUAUGACAUGGUAGUCCACAUGAGGACUCCCAGGAAGACUUAAUCCUGUAGCACCUGUGACAAGAGGAUUCUAUCAGUCACACUUUACUGGUCUUAUAGAUGGAAAAACACUUUGAUGCACAACAUCCAGCAGACCUUCCGAUAUUGCCAAUGAAUCAUGUUACCCAGUUCAUUGUAUAUAGUUCCUUUCUGUCUAUUCUUAAUAAAAACCUGUUGAAUGAA